UUGUCAAAUAAAUCUAGUGGAGCAGAGGUGUAAAAGGACAGAAAGUGUAAGUACUCAAGUAAAGUACAAGUAUCUAAAAUUGUUAUUUGAAUAAAUGUGCUUAGCUACUUUCCACCACUGUCCAUGUUACGCUUUGGUCUUUGUUUAGGAAGCACAAAAUUAAUAGCAUGUUUCCAGCGGAACCACAGUUUCAUGUAGCACUACGGGUAUAUUUUUAUGUAACACUUGCUAGCAGACGCCUGAUUCCAUCCAUUGGGAGAGAUCGUGGUAAAGCGAAGAUUUUGUACGAGUAACAGCGUCGUAUUUCAACUCUUACAUAACAUUAAUAUGUCCCCAGUUAUGUUAUAAGUAUUAUUAAUAUCAUAUGGUUGAUUUAAAUUCGGUUAGCAAAUGACGCCAUUAUUUGGCUAACUAAGCUAACCGACGGUUAUUUUGACGGUGCGUCUGUCAAAUCAGUCCCUCCUUCGACCACACCGCUGUGAUUCAAACACCACGGAGAGGAGGACGGGCAGGAAACAUGACGAGUUUUGCCAGUAAAAUGUUCUGCAGGGUGGAGAGGCUGUGUCACCACCUCCCUGUCGUUCUCAACACCUUCCUGGUCUUCUCUAUCACCGGGGAGGUGAGCUACCUGGUCCUGGUCGAGGCUCCGCUGGAGGCGGAACAGAAGAAGACGGAGUGGUCUGCCUGGUGGAAGGUGGUUCACCUGCUGGCCCAGUACUUCAUGCUGGGAAACAUCUGCUGGAACGCCCUGCUCUUCCUCAGAACCAGUCCCAGCAUCAAGGGGGUGUUCCUGGGGGGAGAGGGCAUGGGCCAGGGGUGGAGGUACUGUUAUACAUGCGAGACACACACUCCUCCUCGCUGCUCCCACUGCUAUGAUUGCAAAGUGUGUGUGCUGCGGCGGGAUCACCACUGCGUCUUCUUUGGCCAGUGCGUGGGCUUCCGUAACUACCGCUUCUUCCUGAGCUGCUUGUUGUUCAUGUGGUCCGGACUCCUGUACGCCACACUGAUGAACGCAGAGGUCUUCAUUGUCAUACUGAAGGAGGGGGUGACGGUGCACAGUGUCCUGCUGCUGCUCAUACCCUGGAUCAUGCUUGUUUCAGGCCAGGUCUCAGCACGGGCCUUUGCCUUCGCCUUCAUUGCUGACACGUGCGUGGUGGGCUUCCUGCUGGUGUCUGCCUUCUUCUUCUUCCACCUCUUCCUGCUGUUUCGAGGACAGACCACCAGGGAGUGGUACUCGUCCCGCCGACCCUACAGCUUGGGGCUCCUGGGAAACCUGCGUCAUGCCCUGGGCGUUCGCUGGUACCUCUGCUGGCUCUGCCCGCUCAUCCCAUCGCCUCUACCAGGAGACGGGAUAAACUUCCAGGUCACAGGAUCGCUGGAACCCACCCGGUAACAGCUGAGAAGUCUGAAUACUAACAGGCCAUGUGUCUUUACUCUAGUGGUGAUGGUUAAUGUUAUCGGGGAGCAACAGCAGGGAAGAUCACCUCAGUUCAGGAAGAGAGAGCUUGGAUGGGAAGAAGCUAAAAUAGCGUGUGGUUGUUAAAGAUGUUAGUGGGUAUAACUGUCUACCAGUUUCUUCUCCGUAUCGUUUACCUGUGCUGGGACAAAGAUAUUAUGGGUUUACUUUGGAAGGAGCUUAACCUAAAGGUAAUGUGUACACUCAUUGAGGCUGGCCUCAGAAUAAACAGAAUUAACACAGAAAUUAGCAGCGUUCCUUUGGAAUACUGAGCACUGAAAAUGUACGUAAACAACACUGAAACCAGAAUGUAUUUUAUUGAUUGUAAGAAAUUUAUCAUUUUAAAUCCUCAUGAACAGGCACUCGCAAUUAACUGACUAUGAUUCCUGGGUAGUCAUCCUCCUGGAAUUAAUGACUACUUAACUGCGCCUUUCUCAUACAGUUAAGCUGCCUAAAUCUGAAGGUCGAACAAAUUUGGCUUGCACUGUUCCUGAAUAGACCGCAGGAUUAUAAAACACACCAUCAUCAGCCUCCUGUCUGCUGUUGUGCGUUAGCUGCUAUGAUCAUAAUGUAUGUGUGUGCUUUCCAAUCCUGAGCUGAGUUUAUUACAUUCAACUUUUUUACUGGGGGGGGGGGUCACAAUGAUGUCUUAAUAUCUACAGGGGAAGGUGUAAGAAAACAGAAGUUGUACAUCUAAUGUUGCAUUUUACAAACUUAUUUAAAGUCACGUAGUGAAGGCAGUAUUUAAGAUCUACCUGUGGUCAUCACAUGAUCAGUCUCUCUCCAUGUUUCACAUUUCACUGUUCAUGUUUCAGUUGGUCAGGGGCUAUUACAAACCAAACCUACAAUGUAAUAACAUGGCAUGUACUAACUCAAGCAACUGCUGUGUCCCAAUUUCCUACCACGUUCUAAUCAUUUCUGUAGUUAGUAUGCAGGAUAUUAACCUAUGAUACAACACCUGCUCUAACAAAGAGAAAGCAACAUGUUUCUUUCCAAAAAUUGUCAUGAUUUUUUCUUCCUUAUUUGAUUUUGUCAUUUUUCUGGUGUGAAGACAUUACAUACUGCCUCAUUUUACUAAGUAGCAUGGAUAAGGGACACAGCUAAUAUGUAUUACAGCACUUGAUGCCAACUAAAUAUUCAUUACCUCAUUACAACACCCCUCACCCCCUCACCCACUACUCUUUUGCACCUUUGCCUAAUCAAAUUUUGUUAUUAUCCUGGCCUUAAAAUGUAGUGGAAAAUCACAAGCCUUUAUUUUGACAGGUUCUCUUGCUUGUCCUCUGCUAAAUUUACAUUACAGUCAAAAAUACUGUUAGCCAACAUUGUUAGUUGUUUUACUUAAUAUAUAUAUAUGUCUGCUUAAGUUCUUUUCUCUGCCAUUUCUUAUGGGUCGUGACAUCUGAUGUUUGGUUUUGCCAUUUGAAAAUGAGAAAAUAAAUUCUGUUAAGGGACAUAUGGAACUGUUGAUAAAUGUUUAAUUUUACUGUUUUGUAUUUUGUACUCUGAAAACUUCUGUGGUGUAAGUUGUGUUGUAAUAAUUAAAUUUGGGUUGAAAUUUG